AUGUCUUUGUUGGUGGAGAAAACCACGAGCGGCCGUGAGUACAAGGUCAAGGACCUGUCUCAGGCGGACUUCGGACGCUUGGAGAUCGAGCUGGCCGAGGUGGAGAUGCCGGGCCUCAUGGCGUGCCGGGCUGAGUUUGGCCCAUCGCAGCCCUUCAAGGGGGCUCGCAUCACCGGCUCCCUCCACAUGACCAUCCAGACCGCCGUCCUCAUUGAAACUCUCACAGCCCUCGGCGCCGAGGUCCGCUGGUGCUCAUGCAACAUCUUCUCCACGCAGGACCAUGCCGCCGCGGCCAUCGCCCGCGACAGCGCUGCCGUCUUCGCCUGGAAGGGUGAGACCCUCCAGGAGUACUGGUGGUGCACCGAGCGCGCCCUCGACUGGGGCCCCGGCGGCGGCCCCGACCUCAUUGUUGACGACGGCGGCGACGCCACCCUCCUCAUCCACGAGGGGGUAAAGGCCGAGGAGCUCUUCGAGAAAACCGGUCAGCUCCCUGACCCCGCUUCCACCGACAACGCUGAGUUCCAGAUCGUGCUUACCAUCAUCAGAGAUGGGUUGAAAAGCGACCCCUCUAGGUACCGCAAGAUGAAGGGGCGUCUUGUUGGAGUUUCUGAGGAGACCACCACUGGUGUGAAGAGGCUCUAUCAGAUGCAGGCCAAUGGGACUCUUUUGUUCCCUGCUAUUAAUGUCAAUGACUCUGUCACCAAGAGCAAGUUUGACAACUUGUAUGGGUGCCGUCACUCUCUCCCUGAUGGUCUGAUGAGGGCCACUGAUGUUAUGAUUGCUGGGAAGGUGGCUGUUGUGGCUGGAUAUGGUGAUGUUGGCAAGGGUUGUGCUGCUGCAUUGAAGCAGGCUGGGGCUCGUGUCAUCGUAACUGAGAUUGAUCCCAUCUGUGCCCUCCAGGCUCUCAUGGAAGGCCUUCAGGUUCUGACAUUGGAGGAUGUUGUAUCUGAGGCUGAUAUCUUUGUCACCACCACCGGUAACAAGGACAUCAUCAUGGUUGAUCACAUGAGGAAAAUGAAGAACAAUGCCAUUGUUUGCAAUAUUGGUCACUUUGACAAUGAGAUUGACAUGCUGGGGCUGGAGAACUACCCUGGUGUGAAGCGCAUCACCAUCAAGCCCCAGACUGACAGGUGGGUCUUCCCUGAGACUAACACCGGCAUCAUUGUCUUGGCCGAGGGUCGUUUGAUGAACUUGGGAUGUGCUACAGGACACCCCAGUUUUGUGAUGUCGUGCUCCUUCACUAACCAGGUCAUUGCUCAGCUUGAGCUGUGGAAGGAGAAGAACACUGGCAAGUAUGAGAAGAAGGUUUAUGUUUUGCCCAAGCACCUUGAUGAGAAGGUGGCCGCACUUCACCUUGGCAAACUUGGAGCUAAGCUCACCAAGCUUAGCCAGGCCCAGGCUGAUUACAUCAGUGUGCCUGUUGAGGGUCCAUACAAGCCUGCUCACUACAGGUACUAA